AUGAUGCAGGGUCUUCAUCACCAACAGCAGCAACUCGCGGCGCUUCUGUCCGUCGCGCUUCCCAAGGACGAUUCGGCUUCCGCCUCGGCCCCAUCCUCUAACUCGGAGGACGACGACUCGGCUCGACUCGCUGCCAUCAACUCGCUUCACCGCGCCGUUCUUUACCCGCCCAACUCGCUCCUCGUCACUCACUCCGCCACUUUUCUCGCCCAGGGCUUGUCGCAGCUUCUCUCCGACAAAUCAUAUGCGGUGAGGAAAGGGGCAGCUGUAGCGUAUGGGGCUCUUUGUGCCGUGGUUUCUUCGAUCCCUAUAACGUCAAAUGGAAGACAAAACCAUGUUAUGCUGGGAAGCUUGGUUGACCGGUUCAUUGGUUGGGCGUUGCCGUUGCUUAGCAAUGGCGGCGCUGGAGAAGGGACCAUGGAAUUGGCAUUGGAUAGCCUACGGGAGUUUCUUAAUGUUGGGGAUGUUGGUGGGGUUGAGAGAUAUGCUUUGUCAAUUCUCAAAGCAUGUCAAGUACUUCUCGAGGAUGAGAGAACCUCCUUGAGUCUGUUACAUCUGCUUCUCGGUGUUUUAACAUUGAUUUCUUUAAAGUUUUCUAGAUGCUUCCAGCCUCAUUUUCUUGACAUUGUUGAUCUUCUUCUCGGGUGGGCUUUGGUACCAGACCUUGCUGAAUCGGAUAGACGAAUAAUAAUGGAUAGUUUUUUGCAAUUUCAGAAUCAUUGGGUGGGUAAUUUGCAGUUUUCUGUUGGACUGCUGUCGAAGUUUCUAGGUGACAUGGAUGUUUUGCUUCAGGAUGUAAGUCAUGGAACCCCACAACAAUUUCGAAGGUUGCUUGCAUUGCUUUCUUGUUUUUCAACAAUUUUGCAGUCCACUGCUUCUGGGUUGCUGGAAAUGAAUUUACUUGAACAAAUCACUGAACCCCUUAACAGAAUUGUUCCUCGUUUAUUGGGAUGUUUAUCUAUGGUUGGAAGGAAAUUUGGGUGGUUGGAAUGGAUUGGGGAUUUAUGGAAGUGUUUGACUCUGUUGGCAGAAAUAUUUUGUGAAAGGUUUUCCACCUUUUAUCCCCUUGCAUUUGAUAUUUUAUUUCAAAGUUUGGAAGUGGACAAUACUCCCCAACCAAUGGGAAGUGGAAGAAUUACCUCCUUUCAAGUUCAUGGAGUUUUAAAAACUAAUCUCCAAUUAUUAUCCUUGCAAAAGUUUGGCCUUCUCCAAUCAUCUGUGCAGAAAAUAUUGCAAUUUAAUGCUCCAAUAUCUCAGCUGCGUUUGCAUCCUAAUCACCUAGUAACUGGUAGUUCGGCUGCCACUUAUAUUUUCUUGCUUCAGCACGGGAAUAAUGAAGUUGUUGAACAAGUACUGACAUCUUUAACAGAGGAGCUGGAGUUGUUGAAGGGCAUGUUAGAGAAAGCCACGGGUCUUGGAGAUGAGGUUGUUGGAUGCUCUAAAUUGUAUUCAAAACUUGAAUUGUUUGCAUUGAUUAAAUUUGAUUUGAAAGUUUUGUUGACAUCUGUUUUCUGGGGUGGGGAGAACAGUUUGACCUGUCAACUAGACAUUGCAACCCUAUAUCUUAUGAGGUCAGAAAAAUUGUUGGAUUUUAUCAUAGAGAAAUUUAAUCCUUUUGACUUACCUAUUAUGGCAUAUGUGGAUUUGCAAGUCAAUGUUAUCAAGACAUUAGACAGGCUAACAACAGUUAAAUUCUUAAGCAAGUGCUCUAUAACAUAUCAGAGUAGUGGGAAAUCAUCACCAGUUGUGACUGCUGAUAAAUUACUUAAUGGCAAUUAUUUGACAAAUGAACUAUCAGUUGUGGUUGUUGAGAAUCUGAGGAAGUACAGUAUGUUCUUUGUGAAAGCUCUCCAUGUUUCUUCUCCGCUUGCAGUUAAAACAGUUGCGCUAGAUUGGGUCCAAAGUUUUGGUGAGAAUGUUAUUGCUAUUAACGAGAAAUCAAACACAGAAACUGAUUUCUAUGAAGUGUAUGGCAAUAUUAAGAUUAUUGGGAAUAUGCUUUUCUCAAUUUUGGAUGCUGCAUCUGACAGGGAACCAAAUGUGAGGUCACAUGUUGCAUUAGUAUUGGAGUUGUUACUGCAGGCAAGGAUUAUACAUCCUCGCUACUUUUAUUGUUUGGCUGAAGUGGUCCUCGGAAAACUUGGUGAUCCAGAUAGUGAUAUAAAAAAUGCAUUCGUUCGGUUGCUUGCUAUUGUUGUGCCUACUACAUUGUAUGCAUGUGGGCUUCAUGAUUAUGGGACAUCUACUUCUUCUAGGGCUGUUCCUCUUCUUUUAGGCAAUAGUUCUAACUUGCAAUGGAAGCAAGGAUUUGCCUUGAAGCAGCUCCCUCAGCAACUUCACUCGCAACAACUUGUUACCAUAUUGAGUUACAUAUCCCAAAGGUGGAAGGUGCCUCUUUCCUCUUGGAUCCAACGGCUUAUUCAUAGUUGUCGGAGUUCAAAAGACCUUCCAAUUCAACUUGAGGAAACAGGAAAUUUUGGUGCCAUUGGUGUGUGGUUGGACAUAAAAAUGGAGGAAGACUUUCUUGAAAAGCAUUGCUCAGUUAAUAAUCUGGCUGGUGCCUGGUGGGCUGUUCAUGAAGCUGCUAGAUAUUGUAUUGCCACACGCCUUCGGACUAACCUUGGUGGGCCAACCCAGACCUUUGCAGCAUUAGAGCGAAUGCUUUUGGACGUUGCACACCUGCUAAUGCUUGACAGUGAGCAAAAUGAUGGGAAUUUAAGUAUGAUAGGGUCAUCUGGUGCUCAUUUGUUACCAAUGAGGUUACUAUUCGAUUUUGUUGAGGCGCUGAAGAAAAAUGUAUAUAAUGCAUAUGAGGGAUCUGCUGUUUUACCGUCUGCUACUCGCUCUAGUUCCUUAUUCUUUCGAGCUAACAAGAAAGUCUGUGAGGAGUGGUUUUCUCGUAUUUGUGAGCCAAUGAUGAAUGCUGGAUUAGCUCUCCAAUGCCAUGAUGCUACAAUUCAGUAUUGUGCUCUGCGUUUACAGGAACUGAGGAAUCUUGUGGCUUCAGCUUUGAAUGAAAAGUCUAGGUCACAAGUAACUGAGAACCUCCAUAAUAUUAGGGGCAGAUUUUCUGCAGACAUCUUGAGGGUUGUACGGCACAUGGCAUUGGCUCUGUGUAAGACUCAUGAAUCAGAGGCUUUACAUGGCCUGGAAAAAUGGGUUUCAAUGACACUCGCUCCCUUUCUUGUGGAGGAAAACCAGUCCCUCAGUAACAGUAGGGUGUUGGGACACUUUACAUGGGUCACUGGGCUUGUAUAUCAGGCAGAAGGUAAAUAUGAAAAGGCUGCUGCGCACUUUAUUCACUUGCUACAGGCUGAGGAGUUGUUGAGUUCCUUGGGUUCUGAUGGUGUACAGUUUGUCAUUGCACGCAUCAUUGAGUGUUAUACUUCUGUUUGUGAUUGGAAAUCUUUAGAAUCCUGGUUAUCAGAAUUGCAAACACUUCGUGCUAAGCAUGCUGGGAAGAGUUAUUGCGGUGCUCUCACAACGACGGGCAAUGAAAUUAAUGCAAUCCAUGCCUUGGCACGGUAUGAUGAGGGUGAAUUUCAAGCAGCAUGGGCAUGCCUUGGUUUGACACCUAAAAGUAGCAGUGAGCUCACCCUUGAUCCGAAAUUGGCCUUGCAAAGAAGUGAGCAGAUGCUUUUACAGGCAAUGCUUCUUCAGAAUGAGGGAAAGGAAGAUAAGAUGCCACAUGAAUUACAGAAGGCCAGGUCAAUGCUGGAGGAAACAUUGUCUAUUCUGCCGCUUGAUGGAUUAGAAGAAGCAGCAGCAUAUGCUACCCAGUUGCACUGCAUCAUUGCAUUUGAAGAAUUUUACAAGAUUAAAGACAACCAAGAUAAACCCAGGCAACUUCAGUCAAUAUUAAGUUCAUAUGUCCAACUUAUGCAUCCACAAAUGGGUAGAGUCUAUCAAGAUUGUAACCCUUGGUUAAAAGUUCUGCGAGUUUAUCAAACCAUUUCCCCAAUUUCUCCUGCUACUGUAAAGCUUUCUAUGAAUUUGUUGAGCUUGGCCCGCAAACAACAAAACCUACUGUUGGCAAACCGUCUGAACAAUUAUCUCAAAGAUCACAUAUUGAGUUGUUCCAGGGAAAGGCACCAUGACUUUCUCACCUCAAAUUUGCAGUAUGAGGGCAUCCUGCUAAUGCAUGCUGAAAACAAGUUUGAAGAUGCUUUGACGAACCUUUGGUCUUUUGUGCGUCCUUGUGUGGUUUCUUCACUGUCUAUAGUUUCUGAUGCUGACAAUAGUAUUCUGAAGGCCAAGGCAUGCUUGAAACUCUCAAAUUGGCUUAAACAGAACUAUUCAGAUUUGAGGUUAGAUGACAUUGUUCUUAAUAUGCGGUCAGACUUUGAGAUGGCUGAUUCCUCUUCUCCUGGAAGGGGUAGGCCCUCAUUUGGCGAUGAGAUCUUAAGCUCUAAACCACCUUUGGGUCCUAUCAUUGAGGAAAUUGUGGGUACAGCUACAAAAUUGUCUACUCGUCUCUGUCCCACUAUGGGAAAAUCCUGGAUUUCUUAUGCCUCUUGGUGUUUUAGUAUGGCCCAGGAUUCUCUCUUAACCCCAAAUGAAAAUACCCUUCACUCAUGCUCAUUUUCUCCCAUCCUUGUUCAUGAAGUUCUGCCUGAGAGAUUCAAGCUAACUGAAGAUGAGAUCAUAAAAGUGGAAUCUUUGAUUUUUCAGCUUGUUCAGAAUAAGGAUGACCAGGGUUUUAGAGCUGAACAGGGAGAUUCGAACUACUCUCUUGAUUCUGCUGAACUGAGAAAUACCAACCCUGUGAUGGCUUUGGUGCAGCAAGUAGUGAGUAUCAUUGAAGCUGUUUCUGGGGGACCUGGUGCAGAAGAUUGUAGUGACGAUUGCUUUUCUGCUACUCUAGCUUCUCAGUUGAAGAUCUGCUUUCUUCGUGCAAAUUUUGGCCUAAAUGAAACCGAUAUAAUUUCUGUAGUUGAUGAUUUAGUUGUUGUUUGGUGGUCUUUGAGGAGGAGAAGAGUGUCACUCUUUGGGCAUGCAGCUCAUGGCUUUAUAAAGUAUCUUUCGUAUUCAUCCGCUAAAAUUUGCAAUGGUGGCUUGGCUGACUCUGAUUUUGAGCCUCUGAAGCAAAAAGCUGGCAGCUAUACUCUGAGGGCUACAUUGUAUGUCCUACAUAUUCUUCUCAAAUAUGGAGCGGAGUUGAAAGAUAUACUUGAACCUGCUCUUUCAACUGUUCCUUUGUCACCCUGGCAGGAAGUAACUCCUCAAUUGUUUGCUCGGUUAAGUUCUCAUCCCGAGCAAGUGGUUCGGAAGCAGUUGGAGGGCUUACUGAUGAUGCUGGCCAAGCAAUCUCCUUGGUCCAUUGUCUACCCAACACUAGUUGACGUGGAUGCUUAUGAAGAGAAGCCCUCAGAGGAGCUGCAGCACAUACUUGGUUGUUUGAGUGAACUAUAUCCAAGAUUGAUUCAGGAUGUUCAGCUUGUGAUAAAUGAGCUGGGAAACGUUACUGUUCUUUGGGAGGAGCUAUGGCUCAGCACACUUCAAGAUAUUCACACAGAUGUCAUGAGGCGCAUAAAUGUGCUGAAAGAGGAAGCUGCACGAAUUGCAGAAAAUGUUACUCUUAGCCAGAGUGAGAAAAACAAGAUAAAUGCUGCUAAAUAUUCAGCUAUGAUGGCUCCUAUUGUUGUGGCCUUGGAACGUCGUCUAGCUUCUACAUCUCGGAAACCUGAAACACCUCAUGAAGUAUGGUUCCAUGAGGAGUAUAAAGAUCGGUUGAAAUCAGCCAUCAUGGCCUUCAAGACCCCUCCAGCAUCCGCUGCAGCACUUGGUGAUGCAUGGCGUCCAUUUGAUAACAUUGCUGCAUCCUUAGGAUCUUAUCAGAGGAAGUUAUCAAUUCCUUUAAGGGAAGUUGCACCACAACUGGCUCUACUAUCAUCGUCUGAUGUUCCAAUGCCUGGUCUUGAGAAGCAAGACACAGUCUCUGAAGCUGACAGAGGUCUCAGUGCUAAUCUUCAGGGAAUUGUCACCAUUGCUUCGUUCUCUGAGGAGGUGGCUAUCAUAUCAACCAAGACUAAACCUAAGAAACUAGUUAUUCUUGGUUCAGAUGGUCAAAAGUACACAUAUCUCUUGAAGGGCAGGGAAGAUCUCCGCCUUGAUGCCAGAAUCAUGCAGCUCUUGCAAGCUAUAAAUGGUUUUCUGCAUACAUCUCUUGCAACUCAUAGUCACUUUCUUGGUGUUCGCUAUUAUUCUGUGACUCCAAUUAGUGGCCGGGCUGGCCUCAUCCAGUGGGUGGACAAUCAGUUCAAAAGUUCUGUUCCUCCAGCUGUUCCCCGACCCAGUGAUAUGUUCUAUGGUAAAAUCAUACCAGCGCUCAAAGAGAAAGGUAUAAGGAGAGUAAUUUCUCGAAGAGACUGGCCUCAUGAGGUGAAGCGUAAAGUUCUUCUGGAACUAAUGAAGGAGACUCCUAGACAGCUUCUUUAUCAAGAACUUUGGUGUGCUAGUGAAGGAUUCAAAGCGUUCAGUUCAAAACAGAAGAGGUUUUCAGGAAGUGUUGCUGCCAUGAGCAUGGUGGGCCAUAUUCUUGGCCUUGGGGAUAGGCACUUGGAUAAUAUUCUAAUGGAUUUCUGUAGUGGUGAUAUAGUACAUAUUGAUUACAAUGUUUGUUUUGAUAAAGGGCAAAGAUUAAAAAUUCCAGAAAUUGUUCCCUUCCGCCUUACACAGAUCAUUGAAGCAGCGUUAGGGAUGACUGGGAUAGAAGGUACCUUCAGGUCAAACUGUGAAACAGUUAUUGGUGUUUUGAGGAAGAACAAAGACAUACUCUUGAUGUUACUUGAAGUGUUUGUUUGGGAUCCUCUUGUGGAAUGGACACGGGGAGAUUUUCACGAUGAUGCUGCAAUUGCUGGUGAAGAAAGGAAGGGCAUGGAGUUGGCUGUCAGUCUGAGUUUAUUUGCAUCUCGUGUGCAGGAAAUUCGUGUUCCCUUACAGGAGCACCAUGAUCUUUUAUUGGCUACUCUACCAGCUGUUGAAUCUGCUCUUGAGAGGUUUGCUGAUGUUCUAAACCAAUAUGAACUUACAUCUGCACUCUUUUAUCGAGCUGAUCAAGAGAGAUCUAACCUAAUUCUGCACGAGACAUCUGCGAAGUCAAUGGCGAAGGCCUUGGUUGCUGAGAAAUCUCAAGAGGCAGCAACCUGGAUGGAACAACAUGGAAACAUCCUCGAUGCUUUACGAAGCAAUUUACUUCAAGAAAUAAAUGCCUUUGUAAAGCUGAGUAAUAUGCAGGAAAUCUUGUCUCUUACGUCUGCCGUCCUGGUGGCUGGUGUUCCACUGACCAUUGUUCCUGAGCCUACACAAGCACAAUGCUAUGAUAUAGAUAGGGAAGUCUCUCAACUAGUAUCGGAAUUGGACGAUGGACUCUCUUCUGCGAUAAAUGCACUUCAAGUGUAUUCUUUGGCUUUGCAAAGAAUUUUACCAUUGAAUUACAUUACAACGAGUGCAGUUCAUGGCUGGGCACAGGCUCUGCAGCUAUCUGCUAGUGCUCUUUCCUCUGAUAUCCUUUCUCUCGCUAGAAGACAGGUGAAAAAGUAUGCUCUAGAGAUAGAGAAGCUUGAAGAGGAGUGUGCUGAACUAGUGAACUCUAUUGGCUCGGAGACUGAAUCAAAGGCUAAGGAUCGGCUUUUGUCUGCUUUUAUGAAAUACAUGCAAUCUGCUGGUCUUGCAAAGAAAGAAGAUGCUAUUCUUUCCAUUCAAUUUGGGCAAUCUAAAUAUGAUGGGAAUGGGACAAAGGAUGCUAAAUUGCGUGGGGAGCUAAAUGAGAAAAAGGAAAAGGUUUUGUUUGUUCUGAACUCAGCAGCCAGUUAUUUGUACAAUGAAAUCAAGCAUAAGGUGCUCGAUAUAUUCAAUGACUCAAAUAAACGGAGAAAUGCAAACAACCAGUUACAAUAUGAAUUUGAAACUAUUUUCUGUGGGUUUGAAGAGCAAGUAGAGAAGUGUGUACUUCUAGCAGGGUUUGUUAAUGAACUUCAGCAACUGAUUGGUAGGGAUGGACCUAGUGGUGGUGACACAGAUAAAGACCAUCCAGGAUAUUACUCUGAUAGAAAUUGGGCCUCCAUUUUUAAAACCAUUUUACUUUCCUGCAAGAGCUUGAUUGGGCAAAUGACUGAAGCUGUUCUUCCAGAUGUUAUAAGAUCUGCAGUUUCACUGAAUUCUGAAGUCAUGGAUGCAUUUGGACUAAUCUCACAAAUUCGUGGUACUAUUGAUACAGUACUUGAGCAAUUUAUAGAGGUGGAGAUGGAGAGGGCAUCUUUAGUUGAACUGGAACAGAACUACUUUUUUAAGGUUGGUCUCAUUACUGAGCAGCAGUUGGCUCUUGAAGAAGCUGCCAUGAAAGGUAGAGAUCAUCUUUCAUGGGAAGAGGCAGAGGAGCUUGCAUCCCAAGAAGAAGCUUGUAGGGCACAGCUGGACCAACUCCAUCAAACUUGGAACCAAAGGGAUUUGCGCACUUCCUCUCUCAUAAAGAGAGAAUCAGAUAUAAAGAAUGCCCUGGCUACUUCUGCCCACCAUUUUCACUCUCUAGUUGGCGUCAAAGAGGAAAGAGAGCUGCAUGUCUCAAAAAGCAAAGUGCUAUUGUCGAUGCUUGUUAAGCCCUUUACUGAUUUGGAAUCAAUUGAUAAAGUGUUUUCUUCAUUUGGAUUCACUUCUCACUCAAAUGAGAUUUCUAAUUUAGCAGAUUUGAUGAGUUCAGGGUACCCAAUAUCUGAAUAUGUUUGGAAGUUUGGCAGCUCAUUGAAUCAUCAUUCUUUCUUUAUUUGGAAAUUAGGGGUUAUUGAUUCUUUUCUUGAUUCCUGCCUAAAUGACGUAGCUUCAUCUGUGGAUCAAACUUUAGGGUUUGACCAGCUCUACAAUGUUGUUAAGAGAAAGCUUGAAAUGCAACUUCAAGAACAUCUUGGUCGAUACCUGAAAGAACGAGUUGGCCCUAGUUUAUUGGCUAGCAUAGAUAAAGAAAAUGAGCGUUUGAAGCAACUGACGGAGGCUACAAAGGAAGUUUCUCUUGAUCAAGUUAAAAGAGAUGUUGGGGCUCUGAAAAGGGUUCAGCUUAUGCUUGAGGAAUUCUGCAAUGCACAUGAAACUGCCAGAGCAGCAAGGGUAGCUGCAUCUCUAAUGAAAAAGCAAGUGAAUGAGCUCAGAGAGACUCUUUGGAAGACUGGCCUAGAGAUUGUUCAGUUGGAAUGGAUGCAUGAUGCUACUUUGAACCCUUCUCAUAGUAGCAGGGUCAUGUUUCAGAAAUUUCUUUCUGGUGAUGAUAGUUUAUACCCUAUUGUCUUAAAACUGAGCAGACCUAACGUGUUGGAAAGUUUACAAUCUGCUGUGUCAAAGAUAGCUAGGUCUAUGGAGUCACUGCAAGCUUGUGAACGAACUUCUCUUGCAGCUGAAGGGCAGCUUGAGAGAGCAAUGGGGUGGGCCUGUGGUGGCCCGAACUCCAGUGCAACAGGAAAUAAUUCAAGCAAGACUUCUGGAAUUCCUCCCGAAUUUCAUGACCAUCUAAUGAGGCGAAGGAAACUACUAAGGCAAGCUAGAGAAAAGGCAUCAGAUGUUAUAAAAAUUUGCGUGUCUAUAUUGGAGUUUGAAGCAUCAAGAGACGGUAUUUUCCAUUCUCCUGGAGAGAUCUAUCCAUUCAGGACUGGUGCAGAUGGUCGAACAUGGCAGCAAGCUUACUUGAAUGCACUAAAAAGAUUGGAUAUUACUUACCACUCUUUUGCUCGCACUGAACAAGAAUGGAAGGUUGCAGAAAGGACCAUGGAAACUGCUUGCAGUGGAUUGUCUUCUGCAACCAACGAACUUAGUGUUGCCUCUCUUAGAGCAAAGUCAGCUUCAGGUGAUUUACAAAGCACUGUGCUUGCAAUGAGUGACUGUGCAUGUGAAGCCAGUGUCGCACUGAGUGCAUAUGCCCGUGUGUCAAAUCGUCAUUCUGCUUUGACUUCUGAAUGUGGUUCCAUGCUCGAAGAGGUUCUUGCAAUAACUGAAGAUCUACAUGAUGUUCACAGUCUUGGAAAGGAGGCUGCUGCAGUACACUGUUCUCUUGUACAAGAGCUCUCAAAGGCAAAUGCAAUUCUUCUUCCACUGGAAACAGUGUUGUCCAAGGAUGUAGCUGCCAUGACUGAUGCUAUGGCUGGGGAAAGGGAGAACAAGAUGGAAAUAUCUCCCAUUCAUGGACAAGCAAUAUACCAGUCUUAUUCUUUAAGAAUUAGGGAGGCUCGUCAGGCCAUAGAGCCUUUGGUGCCCUCCCUUACAUCAUCUGUGAAGGGGCUCUAUUCCAUGUUGACUAGGCUUGCACGAACUGCAAGUCUCCAUGCUGGGAAUCUUCAUAAAGCUCUUGAAGGACUGGGAGAAAGUCAGGAAGUAGAAUCACCAGUAAUUGAUGUAUCGAGGCCAGAUCUUGCUGCUGAUGCUACUGGAUUUGAUGAAAAGGAGGAGAAAGAGAGCCUCUCCACGUCAAAUGGUGAAAGCACCAAAGAUUUUCUUGGCAUUACUGGACUUCCUUUGGAAGCUAAAGGAUGGUUAUCUCCGCCAGAUAGUAUCUGCAGUAGUAGUACAGAAUCUGGCAUUACCUUAGCUGAAGAGAGUUUUCCAGGUAGCUUCAAUGAUCCAGAAGAUAUAGGACAACAGCUUUUGCUUGGGCCUAGCAGCAGAGAGGUUACAGAUUAUCAAAAUACCGCUCCUUACUCUCAAAAUGAUAACCAAGAAAUCACAGAUUCUGCGCAGUUCGAAUCAAAGUACACAGAGGUUGAUGACAUUCAUAUUGGUUCUUUCAAGUCAACACUUAGUGACCCAAAUGAAUAUCCCCAGGCUGUGGCAUCACCAAAUGAUGAAUCUGCAACUGUUGGUCCUGAAAUUUCACGUCCUUCAGAUGAGAACACACAGGAGAAGUUUGGGAGUAAAGAGGAAAUAUCUUCACUAAACAAGGUCAAAAUUAAGGAUGAAAAUCGUGAUGCUGUGCAGGCUUCUAGCCGAGUAGGCAGGGGUAAAAACCCUUACGCAAUGUCGGUCUUGAGGCGAGUUGAGAUGAAACUAGAUGGUCGAGAUAUUGCUGAGAACAGAGAAAUUAGCAUCUCAGAACAAGUUGACUAUCUACUUAAGCAGGCCACUAGUGUAGACAAUCUUUGCAACAUGUAUGAAGAGCAAAAAACAGUGUCAGGAAUGUUGGGGUGGUUCAUUUUUGCUGUGCAUAAUCAGACAAUUGAGCAUGGAACCUUUUGCAUCCAUGGCAAACUUCAGCAACCCCAGCUUUCUCUCGCUCGCAUGGUGUAUCACAUUUGCUUAUCUCUGCUCCAUUCUCAGUAUAUCCAAAAGCAGUCUCUAGAAAACCAACACGAGCUCCGUAUCGCAAAUUUGCUUACCAUCCAGGUUGUCCAGUUCUUCUGCUACCAAUUUGAUAGGCAAUCAGUUUAUUUUUCCACAGGUUGCAUUUCAGAAAGAGCAGGAUCUUCAUCUCUGCAGGAAUACCAAAACUACAACACAACCUGA